CGGCCUCCCAGCCUGGCCUGGGCUAUGUGCGUUCAAAGCGUCUUCUCCACUAGCGUUUGCAAAUGAAAAUGGAGGAAAUGUCUUUGUCUGGCCUGGAUAACAGCAAGCUGGAGGCCAUCGCUCACGAGAUUUACACGGACCUGGUCGAAGACGCCUGCCUGGGGCUCUGCUUCGAGGUGCAUCGGGCAGUCAAGUGCGGUUACUUCUUCCUGGACGACACGGACCCCGACAGCAUGAAGGAUUUCGAAAUCGUGGACCAGCCUGGCGUGGAUAUCUUCGGCCAGGUCUACAACCAGUGGAAGAAUAAGGAAUGCGUGUGUCCGAACUGCAGCCGCAGCAUCGCUGCCUCCCGCUUCGCCCCCCACCUGGAGAAGUGUCUGGGGAUGGGCCGGAACAGCAGCCGGAUAGCCAACAGGAGGAUCGCUAGCAGCAACAACAUGAACAAAUCCGAGAGCGACCAAGAGGACAACGAUGACAUCAACGAUAACGACUGGUCCUACGGCUCUGAGAAGAAAGCAAAGAAGAGGAAAUCCGAUAAGAACCCCAACUCGCCCCGGAGAUCGAAAUCCUUAAAACACAAAAAUGGGGAGCUCAGCGGGAACUCGGAUCCCUUUAAGUACAGCAACUCCUCUGGAAUCAACUACGAAACGCUGGGUCCCGAGGAGCUCCGCUCGUUGCUCACCACGCAAUGUGGGGUGAUCUCCGAACACACCAAGAAGAUGUGCACCAGGUCUCUGCGCUGCCCCCAGCAUACAGACGAGCAGCGGAGGUCAGUCAGGGUCUACCUCCUUGGACCCUCUGCCUCGCUCCCGGAGGCAGAGGGCAGCGUGGAAAACGAGGGCUUUGACGUGUCGGAGAGCCAGGCCAUCAUGAGCCGGCUGCAGUGGGACGGCUCCUCGGACAUCUCGCCCUCCGACUCGGCCUCCUCGAAAGCGAGUACGAACAACUCGGAGUCGCGGAAAACCAAAAAGAAGAAGCCGCACCUGAGCCUGGUGGGGGGCACGCCGGGGCUCAGCUCCAGCAAGAAGAAGAAACCCAAACCGCCCGCGCCCCCCACCCCCAGCAUCUACGACGACAUCAACUGAGGGGCGGGAGCGGACGGCGGCCCCUGCGCCGGGCCUGUCCUGACUCUGAUCGCGCCCGGGGGAGCCAAGCGACGCCUCAUACCCCCUGCUGUAUUGACUGUGAAGAGAGAGAGCCCAUCUCCGGGAAUCGGACUGCGUGGGUGCAGGGGGCACCUGUCUCCAGGAGGGGGUGCUGUGGAGCUGGAGGACGUCACUGCCUGCGGGGAUUGGGGGGCAUGGCUGACAUGUCCCUUCCCCCAUGUCUAUUUAUUCUGUGAUUUUUUUACUGGAUGUCCAAUCAUGACUAUAUGGUGACGUCUGUCGCUUGGCAACACUAGAGCCAGGGGUGGGGGUGGGGGGGACUGAGCGGAUGCCACCCUGGGCCUUGAAGGGAGGCACUGGAGAAGAGGGGUGCGGGAGCCAGGCCAUGCCAGCCCUGCAGCCUCCCUGCCUGCUCUGACCGACGAGCCGAAAAGUCAGGGGAUCUGAGGGGAGGAAAAGGUCCCUUCAGAGCCACCUCCUCCAGGGAGCGGGGUGCUGGCCUCAGAGGAGCUGGUACAAGGAUCAAUGCCAGGGGCCCGGGGCAAUACAGGCCUUCCCUUUUA